GAAAUUCCAUGUUUCACACUGAAUAUAUUUUUUCGUGUUCGUUGCUGUUUUAACGAUUUGUUUAAGAAUUGGCAAAGCUCAAAGUAGGAACAUGUCAGAUAAGAAAAGUAAAGAAUAUAAAUUCCCUGAUACAUUGGAAGGGUUUGGGUAUGGUUUCAACGAUGAGGGACAACUUCGUCAUCUCGAAACCAAGGAGGCAUUUCAAUUCCAGGUGAGGGAAGAUGAUUUGGAUUAUAACCAGAAACACUAUGAAGCGAUGGGAGAGGUCAUAACAGAUAUGGUUUACAGUAUGAUGGAGAAGGACUGUGCACUGAGGCGGAUUACACUCCCUGAAGAUGCUGAGGAAGAUGAGCCCAAGACCUUUUUCUUCAUGUCAAAUGAUACAACGAGUGCCAAAAGAUUAAUGCUACUCAUACAUGGGUCAGGGGCUGUGAGAGCAGGGCAGUGGGCCAGAAAACUGAUUAUCAACGACUGCCUUGACAGUGGCACACAGCUUCCCUUUAUAAAGUGGGCCCAGGAACAUGGAUUUGGCGUGAUAGUGGCCAAUCCCAACCUCAACCGGGCCAAGGUGGAACGUACCUUAAUUAGGGGCAGCUCUUCUCCAGAGGAACACCUUGAAACAUUGUGGUCUGACUAUGUGGCCAACUCCAAGGCUAGAGACAUUGUUAUUGUGGCCCACAGCUUUGGAGGAGUCUGUACACUAGAACUGGCUAGAAAAUACAUUAAGGACUUUGAAAAGAGGGUGAGGGCUGUUGCGUUAACUGAUUCCGUCCAUAGCUUUACUCACCAAAAAUCUUCUGAGCGAGUCAUCAAGUUUUACCAGCAGAGAGGAAGAAAUUGGGCAUCAGCUGGACCCCAGGAUCCCCUAGACACCCCACUAGAUUCCAAAAUGGACUUCUGCCCCACAGUAUCAGCAGGAACUGACCGUCAUGACUACACGAGCUUCAGCAGUAUGAAAUCAAUAUUUAAAUUCAUAGAGGAACAGAUUGCUGAAUCCAUGAACAGUAAAGACAAUGAGAUAAAUAAAUCAAAAUCCAGUUCAGUUGAUCCUGUGCCUAAAGCAGAAAAAGACAAAGCAAACCAAAAUGUGAAAAAAUCUGAUGAAAGUAAUUCUCCCCCUGAUGUGUCAGGGGAGACAACUGUGAAUGUGGACAGUAGUAACACACAGGAAAUGUUGAGUCAGACGAUGUCAGAAUCAGAACCGAUGUCACAGGAUACAAACAGCCAAGGAGCCUCUUAUGAUGCAGAAAUGGACUCUCAGGGACCUAAUACUCCCAAGUCUGAAUUGUAAUUACACUGUAGAUGGUAUUUCAAGCAAUUGUGAUGGGAUUCUUUUUCAUAUAGAUACAUUGAAGAUCCAUUUGACUGUCAGCAGAAACAUAGCUUUCACUUUGUAUGAUGUUAUUGUUACAAAGAUAAGAGAACCUUCAAACAUAAAAAUAAA